AUGUUGUCCCCGCCGAGAGGCUGGACGCCGUCGCAGAACGGGCGGGUGCUCAGGGUCGCCGUGCCGGUGAAGCACGGGUUCAAGCAGUUCGUGGACGUCGUCAUCAUCUCCGAGAACUCGACGACGCCGAAGAUCACCGGGUACUGCAUCUACGUGUUCAACGAGGUGAUGAAGAACCUGUCCUACCCGGUGAGCUACCAGUACGUGCCGUUCCCCGACAGCCCGGACUCGUACGAGAUGCUGGUGGACCAGGUGAGUGGGAAGAAGGCGGACAUCGUGGUCGGGGACGUGACGAUCACGGCGAGCAGGAUGGAGGAGGUGGACUUCACGAUGCCGUUCACGGAGUCCGGAUGGGCCAUGGUGGUGGCGACGGAGCCGGACACGAGCGGCAGCAUGUGGAUCUUCCUGCAGCCGCUCACCACCAGCCUUUGGCUCGCCAGCCUUGCCUUCUUCUGCUUCACCGGCUUUGUCGUGUGGGUCAUCGAGCACUGCGUCAACCCGGAGUUCCGCGGCACGCCGUCGCAGCAGUUCGGCCUCAUCUUCUACUUCGCCUUCUCUACCCUCGUCUUCUCACACAAAGAGAAGCUGGAGAGCAACCUGUCGAGGUUCGUGGUGAUCAUAUGGGUGUUCGUGGUGCUGAUCUUGACAUCGAGCUACACAGCGAGCCUGACGUCGAUGCUGACGGUGCAACAGCUCCGACCGAUAGUGACAGACGUGAAGGAGCUCCAGAGGCGCGGUCAGUACGUCGGGUACCAGGAGGGCACCUUCAUCAAGCCAAGGCUCAAGAAGAUGGGCUUCGACGAGCGAAAGAUGAGAAAGUACAGCUCGGAGGAGCAGCAUGCCGACGCGCUGUCCAAGGGCUCGGCUAACGGCGGCGUGGACGCGGUGUUUGAUGAAAUCCCGUACCUGAAGUUGUUCCUGUCGCAGCACUGCGACGGGUACAUGCAGGUGGGGCCUGUGUACAAGACAGACGGCUUCGGGUUCGUCUUCCCAAGGGGGUCGCCCAUGACAGGGGAUGUGUCGCGGGGGAUCCUGAACCUGGCUGAAGGGGACACGAUGGCGCAGAUCGAGAAGGCGUGGUUCGGCGAGCCCGGCACUUGCCAGAAUGCGCUGGGCGGCAUCGGCAGCGUCGGCGGCUCGUCAAACCUCAGUUUCUGGAGCUUCGGCGGGCUAUUCCUCAUCACCGGCGUCGUCUCCAGCCUCAUGCUGCUGCUCUACCUCGCCAUCUUCGCCUACCGUGAGCGCGAGGAGCUCCGGGAGGCCGAGGGGAGGGCUGAGGUUGAGGCCGGCUCCGGGAGCGUGUCGGUGCGGAGGCUGCGCGCGUGGCUGCAGCACUUCGAUAGGAAGGACCUCAAGUCACCCACCUUCAAGGUGUGGAACGACGAGUCCGUAAGAAACGGCAGUGACUUUGCGGGUAGGACGCCAAGAUGGAAUGGCAGCGCUCGUGACGCUAGUAUGACGCCGAGGGCCAGUGGGGAGGAACACGCAAUGGAAGGGACGACCCCGCUGAGCGUGCACAUCAGCUCCGAGAUGAACGCCGGCUCUUCGACGGAGAGGACACCAGUGUCGGAGAUCAGUGAGUCAUUCGAGAAGAGGAUCGAGGGGGCAACAACCGCUAUAUGGAGGUGA